GUCAUGUCGUCCGCUUCCCCGACACCAACAUACUAUGUAAUAUUCUGCGCAGUCGCAGUGACAGUCUUGAAGGCAGUCAAUGAGGAGGUUACGGAACCGUACAUGGACGAGCCGUUUCAUGUCCCGCAGGCGCAGGCGUACUGCAACGGUGACUAUUGGACCUGGGACCCGAAAAUAACCACCCCUCCAGGACUUUAUGUGUUCAGCCUCAUACUGAAGAAGAUCUUCUUGUUCAAGUGCAACCUCUCGAUGCUCCGCUUGACCACGAUGUUAUCUUUGCUUGCCCUUCCCAUCGUCCUAACACCUCUCUUAUCCUUCCACAAGCGUGAGCGACCUCCGCCAUCCGUUACGACACCUUUACUGGAAGCGGUGAUCCUCGCCUCGUUCCCUCUCGCCUGGUUCUAUGGGUUUCUCUACUACACAGAAGUUCCCAGCCUAGUCUCCGUAGUCUCAAGCGUGGUGUUGGCCUUACAGGGAAAGCAUUGGCUCGCUGCAUCGUUAGGUCUGGUCAGCUGCACAUUCCGCCAGAACAACAUUAUAUGGGUUCUGUACGCGUACGCAUCCAGCCAGCUCAUGGCUUUGCGAUUCCGGCGCGCACCUCCGGAUGUGAAGCCCACUGCGCAAUUCUACGAUCCACUUGCCCUGGAAGCGCGCCCGGUUGACUUGAUCAAGUCGAUACUGAGUGUGCCGAAGGUCCUUCCCGAACUCCUGCCCGCGCUUGUUCCCUAUACCCUGGUUGUGGCAGCAUUCGGAGCGUUCAUCGUGUGGAAUGGAGGAAUCGUUCUCGGCGACAAGUCGAACCAUAUACCUGCAUUCCAUGUCCCGCAGCUUUACUACUUCGUGGGCUUUGCGACCGCUUUUGGAUGGCCGGCCUUGUUGAGCGGUAAAGGCGGCAUCGUCUCGCUGGGUCAUGAUGUAUAUGCAAGAAUGUUUGGGAGCAAAAGGAACAUGCUUGUUACUUGCUUAGUGUCCGCGGUCAUGAGUUUGACCAUCUACAAGUUCACGAUCCAGCACCCAUUCCUGCUGUCCGACAAUCGCCAUUACACCUUCUACAUCUGGAGACGCGUCUUUCUGUUGCACCGAUUGGUGCCAUACCUCCUCGUUCCAGGGUACAUCGCCUGCGCGUGGGCGUGGUAUCUUCGCAUCGGACAUGACCAAACUCUGCUGCAAAGCGUGCUUCUGCCGGUACUCGUGGUGCCUACGCUGCUCCCUACUCCCCUUCUGGAGCCGCGCUACUUCUUAAUACCGUACAUUCUACUAAGGGCGCAGGUGAAGGACGUCCCGCUUUGGGGACUCGCGGUGGAGUGUCUGUGGUACGCGGCGAUCAACGGCGUGACAAUGUGGGUGUUCUUAUGCAAGGAGCGGGCAGGGGUAGGACGAUUCAUGUGGUAGACAGACGGAGAAUAGAGCACUGUUUAGG